UACAUGUCUGUGAGGGAGCUGCGCCGCGUUGCACGUUGCUAGUUAGUUGCAAUGUUGUAGCUAUUAGCACGACAGCAUUUCUUUCUCUGGGAGGGAGACGUGACAUUUACACCGACAACCCCGCGGAGUCCAUUCUCAGGCAUUCACCGUCCACUCAGCCGCCGGCGAACGGAGACCCCCUCAACAAGAUACCCUCUAGCUUGUGCCUUUCUCCGAGCUCCCCGCUAGCCUUACCAGCUAGCCAGUUAGCCGCUAGCCUUCCCCCGUCUCCUCUCCGUGCUCAAACCGUCUCCUGCCCGGCUGCUGGACCAUGGCGAUGAGGCAGACUCCGCUCACCUGCUCAGGUCACACCCGGCCUGUGGUGGACUUGGCCUUUAGUGGAAUCGCUUCCACUGGCUAUUUCCUCAUCAGCGCCUGUAAAGAUGGCAAACCCAUGUUGCGCAAUGGAGACACAGGGGACUGGAUCGGAACGUUUCUGGGUCACAAGGGCGCAGUCUGGGGAGCCACACUGAACUCAGACGCCACCAAAGCUGCCACCGCCGCCGCUGACUUCACAGCAAAGGUGUGGGACGCAGUGAGUGGAGACGAGCUCCUCACACUGGCACACAAGCACAUUGUCAAGUCUGUCAACUUCACUAAGGACAGCAACUAUCUGCUGACGGCGGGUAAUGACAAGCUACUGCGGAUUUAUGAUCUCAGCUGCCCUGAAGAAGCACCACAGGAGAUUGCAGGUCACACAUCAGCAAUAAAGAAGGCUUUGUGGUGUAAUGACGACAAGCAGAUCCUCUCAGCUGCUGAUGACAAAACCGUUAGGCUUUGGGACAGGACUUCCAUGGAGGUGGUGAAAACAUUGACGUUUGACUCAUCUGUGAGCAGCAUGGAGUACAUGGCGGAUGGAGAGAUUGUCGUGAUUACUUACGGAAAGACAAUCGCUUUCUACAACGCCCUUAGCCUGGACCCAAUCAAGAAUGUGGAGGCCUCAGCUUCCAUUAACUCAGCCUCCCUCCACCCAGACAAGGACUUCUUUGUUGCCGCUGGAGAAGACUUCAAGCUCUACAAAUUUGACUACAGCUCUCAGGAAGAACUGGAGUCCUAUAAGGGUCACUUUGGUCCAGUCCACUGUGUGCGGUUCAGUCCAGAUGGUGAGCUGUAUGCUAGUGGCUCUGAAGAUGGGACUCUUCGACUGUGGCAGACGGCGGUGGGGAAAACCUACGGCUUGUGGAAGUGUGUCCUCCCUGAGGACCUUGGGGCAGAGAACUCUGAGCAGCUGUGUCCACAAGUCCCUGAGAUCAAAGCUUGAGGAGCAAGCAGUAAAGUUUGGAAACGGGAUGAGAAGAGAAAAGGAAAGGAGACGAACCGAGAGGUGUUCCAGUGUGUUCUAUCAGGCCCCAGCGAGGAGCAGAGUCUAGAACAUCUCCAUCCACCAGGAACUGAUGUGGAUAUCAUGACUGCCCUGUCUGUCAGACCAGUCAUCUCUCGCACACAAACACACAAGCACUGAUUUUAUGCAGUCAUAUGGAUAGUAUGGGUUGGAGAGUAAAGCAGUAGAUCUGUGAAUGUCUCUCGUUCAUCGCUGCCUGCCUUCUCUCUGGUCAGCCCAGUUCUGUCCAUCUAAACAUAUUUUUUACUUCUCUUUACCCUCAAACCCUUAAUUCCCCCCAAACCACAUGAUUUAAGAUCAAUUUUGGUUCCAAAAUUAAAGUAAUUGAGCUGGACCAAGGCCUUUGUUUUUCGGUUCAUACUUACAAAAGACUGGCGAUAGAUGCACUGUGUGUGCUAAAAGGUGCUUUCAUUUUUUUGAAAACCUUGCUUUGAGUAUUCGCUGCUGUUGUACUGAUUGAGAAUAUAAUAUUUAGUGUCCAAAUAAAAGAGAAUCAUGUUUAGUGACAAGGUGGAAAGGGAUAAAAUGUCAUUGAAUUUUUCCCACAUUUUGGGUUCUGUCUUCAUUUGUGUCCAAUUAUGAAAUAAACCAGUGCAUUACUGUUUUA